AUGUCUCACCGAAAGUACGAGGCCCCUCGCCAUGGCUCUCUGGCGUACCUGCCGCGGAAGCGCGCUGCUCGUCACAGGGGCAAGGUUAAGUCCUUUCCCAAGGACGACCCCAAGAAACCCGUCCACCUGACCGCCGCGAUGGGCUACAAGGCCGGCAUGACCACGAUCGUCCGCGACCUCGACCGCCCCGGAGCGAAGGCGCACAAGAAGGAGGUUGUGGAGGCUGUGACAAUCAUUGAUACCCCACCUAUGAUAGUUGUGGGUCUGGUUGGUUACAUUGAGACCCCUCGUGGCCUGCGCUCCCUGACCACUGUCUGGGCUGAGCACCUGAGCGACGAGGUUAAGCGCCGCUUCUACAAGAACUGGUACAAGAGCAAGAAGAAGGCCUUCACCAAAUACGCCAAGAAGCACUCUGAGAAUAACGGCGCAUCCAUCACCCGCGAGCUCGAGCGCAUCAAGAAGUACUGCACCGUCGUCCGCGUCCUGGCUCACACCCAGAUCCGCAAGACGCCCCUCAAGCAGAAGAAGGCGCACCUCAUGGAGAUUCAGAUCAACGGCGGUUCGGUCGCUGACAAGGUCGAAUUCGGCCACGGUCUCUUCGAGAAGCCCGUCUCUAUCGAUUCCAUCUUCGAGAAGGAUGAGAUGAUCGAUGUCAUCGCCGUCACCAAGGGUCACGGCUUCGUCGGCGUCACUGCCAGAUGGGGCACCAAGAAGCUGCCGCGCAAGACUCACAAGGGUCUUCGCAAGGUUGCUUGUAUCGGUGCUUGGCAUCCGUCCCACGUCCAGUGGACUGUUGCCCGUGCUGGUCAGAUGGGUUACCACCACCGUACCUCGGUCAAUCACAAGAUUUACCGCAUUGGUAGCGGCGAGGCGGACGACAAUGCUGCCACUGAGGUCGAUGUCACCAAAAAGAAGAUUACUCCCAUGGGUGGCUUCGUGCGCUAUGGCGAGGUCAACAACGACUUUGUCAUGGUCAAGGGCUCCGUGCCCGGCGUCAAGAAGCGGGUCAUGACUCUUCGCAAGUCCAUGUUCACGCACACCUCAAGGAAGGCCCUGGAGAAGGUGGAGCUCAAAUGGAUCGAUACCUCUUCCGAGUUUGGUCACGGUGCUUUCCAAACCCCGGCAGAGAAGAAGCAGUACCAGGGUACUCUCAAGAAGGAUCUGGCUGUCAGCUCAUAA